AUGGCUUCGUCCAGGAACACCUCAGCUACAGCUAUUCGCAGGCUGCACGCUAUGGCUCAGCAACUCAAGCCUGCCGCUGCAGCAACCUCGACCACCUCCGCCGCCUCUACGGCCACCUCGUUCCCCCAGUCCCACGAACGCAUCGCCUCCCCCAUUGACACUGCAAACUUCAUCGAUAACGAAUUCACUGCUUCUCGCGCUGAGACAUGGAUUGACUUGUUUGACCCAGCUACCAACAACCUCGUCACCCGUGUGCCUCAGAGCACUGAGGAAGAGAUGAAGGCCGCCGUUGCCAGUGCCCAAGCUGCGUUCCCAGCCUGGAAGGCAACCAGCAUAAUGGCCAGACAGCAGAUCAUGUUCAAGUUCGUUAACCUGAUUCGCGCCAAUUGGGACCGUCUGGCAGCUAGCAUCACCCUUGAGCAGGGCAAGACCUUUGCUGACGCCAAGGGAGAUGUUCUCCGUGGCCUGCAGGUGGCUGAGACCGCUUGUGGAAUCACCACCCAGAUGACCGGUGAGGUCCUCGAGGUUGCCAAGGAUAUGGAGACCAGAAGCUACAGAGAACCAUUGGGCGUCGUGUCUGCCAUUUGCCCAUUCAACUUCCCUGCGAUGAUUCCACUAUGGUGCAUUCCAAUUGCUACCAUGACAGGUAACACUCUCGUCAUGAAACCAUCCGAGCGUGAUCCUGGUGCAGCCAUGAUCCUCGCUGAGCUUGCCAGGGAAGCCGGUUUCCCCAAGGGUGUUAUCAACAUCAUCCAUGGAUCUGCUAAGACUGUUGACUUCAUCCUCGAUGCCCCCGAGAUCAAGGCUAUCAGCUUUGUCGGAAGCAACCGCGCUGGAGAGUACAUCUUCACUCGUGGCUCUGCCAAUGGCAAGCGUGUUCAGGCCAAUCUAGGAGCUAAGAACCACUGCGCCGUCCUCCCCGACGCCAACAAGAACCAUGCCCUGAACGCCAUUGCCGGUGCCGCAUUCGGUGCCGCAGGCCAGAGAUGCAUGGCUCUCAGCACCCUGGUCAUGGUCGGCGAGACCAAAGAAUGGCUUCCUGAGAUCGCUGAGCGUGCUCGCGCUCUCAAGGUCGACGGCGGAUUCGAGGAAGGUGCCGACCUAGGCCCAGUCAUUAGCCCCGAGAGCAAGAAGAGGAUUGAAGAUAUCAUCGCCACUGCCGAGAAGGAGGGCGCUACUAUUCUCCUUGACGGACGUGGCUACAAGCCCGAGAAGUACCCCAACGGUAACUGGGUUGGCCCAACCAUCAUCACUGGUGUCAAGCCACACAUGACCUGCUAUAAAGAGGAGAUCUUCGGCCCCGUCCUUGUCUGCCUCGAGGUUGACACCCUCGAUGAAGCUAUUGACCUCAUCAACGCCAAUGAAUAUGGUAAUGGUGCCGCUGUUUUCACCCGCUCCGGCCCAACUGCUACCAAGUUCCAGCGCCAGAUCGAGGCUGGCCAGCUCGGUAUCAAUGUCCCCAUCCCCGUCCCACUCCCAAUGUUCAGCUUCACUGGAAACAAGAAGAGUAUCGCUGGCGGCGGUGCAAACACCUUCUACGGCAAGCCUGGUCUUCAGUUCUACACCCAGCAGAAGACUGUCACCAGCUUGUGGAGAAGUGAGGAUGCAAUUAGCAACAAGGCAAGCGUUGUCAUGCCCACCCAAAGUUAA